GAGAAGACUGAGAGAGAGAGAGAGAGAGAGAGAGAGAGUCAUAGACUCAUUGCAUCUCCUAUUUGUAGAGAGAGAGAGAGAGAGAGAGAGAGACUCAUUGACUCAUUGCAUCUCCUAUUUGUUUCACACACACCGGUCUCUCUCUGUCUCUGUAUCCUUCUACUCUUUUAUUCUCUAUUUCUUUGGCAAUACUUUACUGUGAAAAGGACUAUCGAAACUAUUAGAUUUCUAUCUAUCUCAACAGGAAAACAGGUUGUUUCACAAUUCAGUGAUGGUUUAAAGAUUCAUUCGAAUCCAAAUUCCAACAACCCAUUAAAGAGAUAUUGAAGCUUUUGCUUUCUUAUAAGAAUUCUGAUAAAAAUUUGCUGUCUUAGUUUUGCUUGGCGAAAUGGCUUCCAAUGCUACUACAGGACUCAAUUGUCCACCUCCAAUGGUGGCCACAUCGAACGGUGUAUUCCAGGGCAAUCAUCCUCUUCAUUUUGCACUUCCGCUUGCUAUUUUGCAGAUAUGUUUAGUAGUUGUAGUUACACGAGGGCUUGCUUAUCUUUUGAAGCCAUUGAGGCAGCCUCGUGUUAUUGCAGAGAUUGUUGGAGGGGUAUUACUUGGGCCUUCAGCACUGGGACGAAACAAAACCUAUCUCCAUGCAGUUUUUCCACCUAAAAGUAUCACAGUGUUAGAUACCCUAGCUAAUAUUGGUCUCCUGUUCUUUCUUUUCCUUGCUGGCCUAGAGUUAGAUCCUAAAUCCCUUCGCAGGACGGGGAAAAAGGCCAUGGGAAUUGCCAUUGCAGGGAUUAGCCUUCCAUUUGCUUUAGGGAUCGGUUCAUCAUUUAUCCUUCAAGCAACCAUAGCUAAAGGGGUAAAUUUUGUUGCGUUUUUAGUGUUCAUGGGAGUCGCGCUUUCAAUAACAGCAUUCCCUGUCUUGGCUCGUAUUCUGGCUGAGCUGAAGCUUUUAACCACUGAUGUUGGCAGAAUGGCUAUGUCAGCUGCAGCAGUCAAUGAUGUUGCAGCCUGGAUUCUUCUUGCUCUGGCUGUUGCCCUAUCUGACAAUAAUCAAUCUUCCCUUGUCCCAGUAUGGGUCUUCUUGACUGGGUGUGUUUUCGUAAGUUGUUGUAUCCUCAUUGUCCCUCCAAUCUUCAAAUGGAUAGGUCAAAGAUGUCAUGAAGGUGAACCUGUGGAUGACUUGUACAUAUGCGGGACACUAGCUGCUGUUCUGGCUGCUGGAUUUAUUACUGAUACCAUUGGAAUUCAUGCCAUGUUUGGUGCUUUUGUCAUUGGAAUUCUUGUCCCUAAGGAUGGUCCACUCGCUGGCACUCUUGUGGAAAAAAUAGAGGAUCUUGUAUCUAGUCUUUUUCUACCGUUAUACUUUGUGUCAAGUGGAUUGAAGACCAAUGUAGCUACAAUUCAGGGGCUUCAAUCGUGGGGUCUUCUUGUUUUAGUCAUUGUUACAGCUUGUUUUGGGAAGAUAGUUGGAACCUUUCUGGUGUCAAUUUCUCUCAAAGUGCCUGUACAUGAGGCUUUAGCAUUGGGGUUCCUCAUGAACAGUAAAGGUUUGGUGGAGCUCAUUGUCCUCAACAUUGGUAGAGAUAGAAAGGUUUUGAAUGACCAGACUUUUGCAAUCAUGGUUCUAAUGGCUCUCUUUACUACUUUUAUGACUACACCUCUUGUCAUUUGGGUGUAUAAGCCAGCAAAAAGAAAGGUGUCUGAUUACAAGCAUAGAACAAUUCAAAGGAAAAAUCCCAACACCCAACUUAGGAUCUUGGCAUGCUUCCACAGUGCAAGAAACAUUCCUUCACUGAUCAACCUUCUCGAGGCCUCACGUGGGACUGAGAAGCGUGAAGGGCUAUGCGUAUAUGCAAUGCAUCUCAUGGAACUCUCCGAGAGGUCAUCGGCUAUAUUAAUGGUACACAAGGCAAGAAAUAAUGGGCUACCCUUUUGGAACAGAAGCCAGCGAUCAGACUCUGACAAUGUUAUAGUGGCAUUUGAGGCUUACCAGCAACUGAGCCGAGUGUCUGUCAGGCCAAUGACAGCAAUCUCUUCAAUGUCCGAUCUACAUGAAGAUAUUUGUACCACCGCUGAGAGCAAAAAAGCUGCAAUCAUAAUUCUUCCCUUCCAUAAACACCAAAGGCUAGAUGGUACAUUAGAGACCACACGAAAUGACUUCCGCUGGGUGAAUCGGAAGGUUCUUCAAUAUGCACCAUGCUCGGUUGGAAUUCUGGUGGAUCGUGGGCUAGGUGGAACUAGCCAUAUCGCUGCAAGCAACGUUUCUUACAAUGUCACGGUUCUCUUCUUCGGGGGCUGUGAUGACCGCGAGGCACUGGCCUAUGGGGCUAGGAUGGCAGAGCACCCUGGCAUCAGUUUAAAGGUCGUUCGCUUUCUAGUUGAACCUGAGAUUGUGGGAGAGAUUGUGAGAGUUGACGUAGAUGAAAAUUCUGGUAGUAAAGCGGGUUCAGAAGAUGAGGAGGCACUGACCGAAUUGAUGAUGAAAGAUGACUCUAUCAAAUUCGAAAAGAAAGUUGUUAGAAAUACUGGACAAACAAUUGCAUAUAUCCAUGAGAUAAGCAACUGCAGCCUGCUUUUGGUUGGUAGAAUGCCUACCGGUGAAGUAGCUUUAGCUCUAAACCGGAGGGGUGAGUGUCCAGAAUUGGGACCAGUUGGUAGUUUGUUGACUUCACCGGAUUUCUCUGCAACAGCAUCAGUCUUGGUGGUGCAACAGUUCAAUGGCCAAUUAUCUCAGAAUUUGCCACUGGAGUUCAUGGUAGAAGCAGAAUCACCAAACGGAGAUUCAUCACAAUCUACGUAAACUGACUUUGUUCGUUUCAUGUGUGGGAUUUUCCAUCACCACAGAGAGUGACACCACAAAAAGUACCAUGUAAUGAUGAAUAAACAUCUUAGGAUUUUACCCAAUUUUUGUUAAUCUUUGUUUACAUUUAGGCAAUGCAUGACUUAUAUAUAUAUAUAUAUAUACCAAUUUCUUUGUUA